CUUCUACGUCUAUAUGAGCUGUCCACGUUCGAGACAGCGGGGGACUGCGGGGGAGCUGGCGACCGAGCUGACUUGCUGGCACCCUGUGACCAUCCCUGUCCUUGCUUUCAAGCCCAGCGCCGAGCGGCGGCCCCCGAGCCCAGCCGUUAUGCAGCGCACAUUGCAGCGCUGAUGCCCAGCAGCGUUGAUUGCGAGUGAUGAAAGGUUUUGGGCCUUGCAGUCCGACGGCUCGGCCCCAUCAAAUUCCAUCGACGGGGGUCUAACUGGACAGUGCUGCCAAAGCCAACCAUACCGACAGCUAUGAAUUCGUGAAGCUCUUAUACAGUCAAGACAACUGUGUAAUCAUCCUUCGCGCAAACCUUCGUUUAAUGGCUUACGUGGGCCCCCUGAUGUGUUUAUGAUGUACUAUGCGACACUUGUAAGGAAAUGGACAUCCUGGGCGACCAGUCGAGUCUUGGGCGUCUGCGAGGGCCGACUACCCGCCAGAAGUCGUCCUCCUUCGCCGCGCCAGAGCGCCUCUGCGCAAGCACUAGCUGUACCCCAAGAUUCGUGGAUGGUAUUGGUGGCGAAUUUGCAGUUCGGGCUUCGAACUUCAGCGACUUCGGGCCCCCGCCCGCUUCUGCACCCCAGCCUCCCAAGCCACCGUCGACACCACUAUCACCAUCUCCUAGCAACAAACUGCAGGAGGUCAGGCGCAUCCUGCAACAGGAGCCGUUGGCGGCACAGCGGCGCCAGUCGUGCCCAGCGCAUCCGGACACGCACCUGCUCUCGUCCGCUUCGGCACGUGUCAGCACCGACUUUGCACCCGAAGUGACCGCCCCCGGACACCCCGUGUAUGUCGUACGGCGCGCCUACCGAAGCAGCUUGGAUGGGAGCCAGCCGAGCUCCGCAAACUCCACGGCGCCGGGCGAUGAGGCGCCGCCGGGGGCGUGGGCACACACGAACGGCGCUCAAUCGCACUCAGGAUGGGCCGCCACCAGCUCCGUAGGCCGGGCGCCCUCCGCUGGCCCCAGCCCCUUGCCCUCCCGGCGGGCGCUGCACCCCCGCUCCGGCUCCUGCACGCCCACGGUCGGCGCCUCGGCGCCCGGCUCGCCACUCCUGCCGCCUCCGCCGCCAAACGCGGCUGGCGGGCUGGGGCAGGUGCCGCUCGCCAAGGUGCCCGGCACGGCCUCCCUGCCCAAGCCGCCGCCGCAGGAGGGCGUGCACCUCCACUCCUGCUCCCCAGGCGGCGAGUCGGAGGCCUCGUCACCCCAGCAUGGGGGCGUCGGGGCGGGUGGCGGCGCCGGCGGCAGCAUGGGCGGUGCCGCCAUGAUGGCGACACGGCCGCCGCGGCCCAGUCGCUUCAAGUCCAGCAACGGGCUGUUGGUGUCCUCCAUCGCGCCCCCGCCGGCGCUGGCCUCCUCCCCGCUGCACUCCGCAGCCUCAGGCCCUCUCUUGGGGGGGCACGGCCAGGGCCAAGGUGGCCACGGCCGCGGCAGUGCCACGUGCGGCGGCGGCUUCACCACCGUCUCCCAGUCCACCUCUGCUGCGGUCAGCCCGCCGCACACGCCGCGCGGCCGCGGAAGCGGCAACGGUGACUGGCCGCCCCCUGUUACUGCCGGCAGCGGCGCUCAGGGCUCAACUGCCCCGUCCUGCCAUAGCCACAUGGGCUCGCCAUUCGGGGACGCGCGGCAUGAUGGCGACCCCGAGUCGCUUCCCUCGCCCUUUUCCGAGUUGCCCACCUCCUCCCAGAUCUUUUCCUCGCUCCUGCGGGCCGGGAGCGCCGGCGCCAGCGGCCGGGGUCCGACUCGCCUGUUCGCACACGACCCAGAUGGCCUGCCGAUCUCCAACACGGCGCCGCGGGGACCCAUGGCGAUCUCCGACACCGGCGCCGCCACUGGCGGUCUCAUGGGCCAAGCAUCCGGCGCCCUGCGAUCGUCCAAGUCCGGAGCGGGACCUGUGGCGGUGGCAGCGGCGGCAGCGGCGGCGGCGCGGCCGCAGCCGCCGGGUCUGGGCCUGGUGUCGGGGCACUUGCUGUGUCGCGUGUUGCUGUUCCUGUACUACAGCGCUGUGCUUGUGGCGGAGGUUGAUGCCUGGCGCAACCACUCCAUCCGGCAGAGCGCAUCGGCCCGGCUCCGCCGCCUAGAGGAGGAAGAGGAGGAGGAGGGAUUCUGGCACUAUGGCGCGCGCAGCGGACCGCAGCGCGGGGCCGGAUCCAGCGGCCUACUGAGCUCAAUCCAGGGCUGGAUCCGAACCGCGCUGGCGGUCCUGGAUCCAGGCGGAACCGGGCCGCUGGCCGCAGCCUUCCCGCUGGCGCACGCGGCGCUGGCGGUGCCGUGCCUGCUGGCGCUGCUGGGCGGGGUGUGGUGGGAGCCGGCGGCGCUGGUGCUGGGUGGCCGGCUGCUGUGGGACCUGGCGUGCCGACACGGCUGGGGGCUGCUGAUGUUCUACAAGGGCGAGUCGGCGCAGCUGAUGCGCAUGAAGGAGCUGGCGGUGGUGGGAGCCACGCUGGUGGCGGCAGCGCGCUCCAUUCCUGCCGCCGGGGGCAGCAGCAUCGUUAACACUAGUAAUGGCACCAACACUCGGAGUGGCAGCAGCAGCAGCGGCGGCACGAGCCGGAACGGCUCGACGGCGUCGCUGUCGGCGGCCGCGGCAGCAGCUGCCGCCAGCUCGCGCGCGGCGGCUUCAGCGGCGGCAGCUGGUGAUAGCUGUAAUGCCAGCGAUUAUGACAGUGGUUGUGGCAGCGGCACGGACGGCGGCAACAUGACGCCGCGGCUGUCCUCGCCGCUGGCUCGCGGAGCUGGCCAUUCCUCCUCCUCGAGCGCCGCAUGGCCGCAGCAUCGGCGUCCCAGCGCUGGAGAAGCGCACGCUCGGGACUUGCGCCGCGGCGGCUGGCGGCAAGACAGCCCAACUCCCGGCGCCGGCGGCUUCUGUGGCGCAGCUGCAGCACAUGCGCACUCGCCGCCGCCGGCGCUUGCCAGCAGCGGCCACAAGCUGCCGCCGCCGCCUCCCUCGCUGCCCAGAUCUCCCUCCGUCCGGGCGCCGCUGCCGCAGCUGGGCUCGGAGGCGCCACUGCCCGAGCCCCAGCCGCUGUCCGAUGCUGGAGGCGAACACGCCUCGGACUACCUGGACGCAGAGGCGGAAGAGGAGGGCGAGCCGCCGCGUGGGCGCCGCGGCCCCAGCAGCCGCCAUCACUACCAGCAUCCGAGCCGCGGCGUGCGCGGUGCGGGGCCCGCCCGCGGGCGGCUGGGCGGCCUGGCGGGCGCGCUGAUGUCGGGCCGGUGGGCGCUGCUGCAGGCCGGGCUGGGCCUCAUGGCUCCGUUGUUCCUGUACUACGGCUGCGUGCAGGUGGAGCACGUGCGCGACAUGCAGGACGCGGGCGGUGUGGGCGGCGCGCUGCGCGAGCUGGUGGGCGACACGUACCGCUGGGUGCCGCCCGGGGACGGCAGCCUCAACACCUUCUGGCUGCCAAGCCAGUUCGCAAUGGCGCUGCCCUACUUCACAGGCAUGGGGCCGCAGUGGCUGGCUGUGGCGCUGGCGGGCGCAGUGGGCAUGGAGGGGCUGCUGUGCUGGCGCUUCUGGGCGCGCGGCGGCAUGCUGUGGACGUACGCCUUCUAUGUGGGUCGCCACUUCCUUGCCAACGCGGUCAUCGCCGGAGGUGUGCUGCUCAGCCUGCCGGCCGCACAGGUGCAGGCGCCGGCCCGCUCCGCCGCCCUGUGGCGCCGCAAGCACAAGACCACGUAGGGGAGUGGCAGCCGGGUGCGCGGCGUGCAACAUACCGAGGGCAGCAUCCGGCAGGGCGAGCGUCAGUCUGGAGGGGUGAGCCGGAUAUCGUAUCAGUAAAACGCAAUGAGCGCGUCUGAGAUUAUCGUACGGCAAUUCAUGUGAGGGCAAGAACAUUGUUUGCACACCAUGUGCAAAAACAUGCAGCCCACACAUAUUCGAUCCCAUGCCACGGUUGAGCACAUCCAUAAUGAUCAGGGGUGAUGAGGAUGCAUUUCCAAUAUGCAAAGCUGGCCAGUGCUUACGCACCGGCUGUCCACAACUUAGCAUGCGCUUUGUUGUGCAAUGUUUAUUUUGAGGCAUGCUGUUUGCUGCUAGGCCUGUUAAUGCCCGGCAUGACGCGGCAGGUAAUCCUCCGUGAAUGGGCCCAAUGCAUCCAGGGCUUGAUAAACAAGGGCAUGCUGGAAGCCCUCGAACUUUAGAGGCAUCCAUAGCGCAGGAUUUGGGGUCUGAUGGAGGCGAUUGCAGCUCUGCAAUGACGAGCUGUGUUGCACGCAUGAAUUGAUUUGUGAGCAUGGUAAUGUCGGGCAGGUCUAGGUAGCUAGCAGGGCUCGGGCAAACCAUUCAUCUGUGUUUAUGUGUCGUGUCCACUGGAUGUGAAAGCAAGUUGUAAUACGCUGUACUGAUAGCCUCGUGUGUGGCGCCGCCAGGCGCCAUGCCUAGCCAUACGGUAGUAGGGAGCGCACGCACUUGAGAGUUUGGGUGAGUGCUCGUGGCCUACUUCAUGGUUCGUCUGCCGCUGCACAACGUUGUGUCAAUGAACUGUAUGAAUGGCUGCCGAAUGGGCGAAUGAACGUCUAUAGGGGUGGCUCGAGAUUAGGUGUACAGAGUUUACAGGAAGUACGAACUGCACGGUUUGCAUGGAGGCAGGGAGUGUAUUGAGCUUUCAAAGUUUACAAGGCCCCAGACUGCCGAAAUGGCAUCAUGUGACAUGUGUUAAGGUCUCUGAAUGGUUUCCGGGCGUAAACUCGAGCGAGAGCCGAAGCCGAAAUGCUAA